ACAGCAACAAGCAUUUCUCUGCCUCCUGUCAUGCACUUCGCAUCAACCCAAAAACAUAACUCUCUCUCUCUCUCUCUCUCUCUCUCUUCACAUUAGGGUUUCUCUCUCAUCACAAUCACAACGCAGAUUCAGAUUCCCAUCUACCCCAUUCUUCAUCUUUUCUCAACUCGCUGAGUUCACUCGCCCUUCUCCUCUUCUCCGACUCACUCAGUUAAUCACAAAAAAAAAAAACACAUUUCGACGAUUCCCAUGAAAAAUAGCCACAAUUAGCAACAACAACAAAAAAGAACAAUCUCAAAUCAGUUAUCAACUGUUGUUAUUUCUCUAGUUUGAUAGUUUUGAAUGGCUGGUUCUGGCUCCGGUUCUGUUAGUUGCAAAAGUGAUAGUAGAAUUGAGAAUUUGAUUUGUGCUACUAAAUCAUUGAAACUUAGCUUAGAGAAAUCAAAGAGUGUAGGGUUAGCAUUAGAUAAAGCAGGUCCAAGGUUAGAUGAGAUUAGGGUAAGGUUACCUUGGCUUGAAUCGGCCGUUCGGCCGAUUCGAGCUGAGAAGGAUGCCCUUGUUGCGGUUGGCGGCCAUAUUAAUAGGGCUGUUGGUCCUGCAGCUGCCGUGUUGAAGGUUUUCGAUGCGGUUCAUGGACUUGAGAAGUCUUUGUUGUCGGAUCCGCGGAUUGAUCUCCCUGGUUAUUUGUCGGUUUUGAAGCGCCUUGAGGAGGCACUGAGGUUCUUGGGAGAUAAUUGUGGGUUGGCUAUUCAAUGGUUGGAUGAUAUAGUCGAGUAUUUAGAGGAUAACUCGGUUGCUGAUCAGGUUUAUCUUAAGAAUUUGAAGAAGGAGUUGGAGAAUCUUAAGGUAUCGCAGAAUGGUGAUUUGGAUGGUGGUUUGUUACAGGCUGCUUUGGAUAAACUGGAGAAUGAGUUUAGGUUGCUAUUAACUGAAAACAGUGUGCCUCUUCCUAUGUCGAAUUCUCUUGGUGAUCAGCCUUGUAUUGCGCCUUCACCUUUGCCUGUUUCUGUUGUUCACAAAUUGCAGGCUAUUCUCGGUAGGUUGAAGGCUAAUGAUAGACUUGAUAAAUGUGUUUCGAUUUACGUUGAAGUUAGAAGUUCUAAUGUGAGGGCGAGUUUGAAGGCGCUGAAUUUGGAUUAUCUUGAGAUCUCUGUGUCUGAGUUCAAUGAUGUUCAGAGUAUAGAGGGGUAUAUAGCUCAGUGGGGGAAGCAUUUGGAGUUUGCGGUGAAGCAUUUGUUCGAGGCUGAGUAUAAGCUUUGUAAUGAUGUGUUUGAAAGGAUUGGACUCGAUGUGUGGAUGGGUUGCUUUUCGAAGAUAGCUGCACAGGCUGGUAUACUUGCAUUUCUUCAAUUUGGGAAGACUGUUACGGAGAGUAAGAAAGAUCCGAUUAAGCUUUUGAAGUUGUUGGAUAUUUUUGCGUCGUUGAACAAAUUGAGACUGGAUUUCAACCGUCUUUUCGGGGGAACUGCGUGUGCCGAAAUCCAAAGUUUGACAAGGGAACUUAUCAAGAGUGUGAUUGAUGGAGCAGCAGAAAUUUUCUGGGAACUUCUGGUUCAGGUAGAGUUACAGAGGCAGAACCCUCCUCCUCCGGACGGGAAUGUCCCGCGAUUGGUUAGCUUUAUCACUGAUUACUGCAAUAAACUCCUCGGAGACGACUAUAAGCCUAUACUGACCCAAGUCCUGAUCAUUCACCGUAGUUGGAAGCGGCAAAGUUUUCAGGAGAAGCUCCUUGUUAAUGAGAUUUUGAACAUACUGAAAGCCGUUGAAUUAAAUUUGGAGACAUGGAUCAAGGCUUACGAUGAUCCUAUGUUGUCCAACUUUUUUGCUAUGAACAAUCACUGGCAUCUGUUCAAGCAUUUGAAAGGAACGAAACUCGGGGAUCUCUUGGGGGAUUCUUGGUUAAGGGAACAAGAACAGUACAAAGACUAUUACUUGACAAUAUUCUUGCGAGAUAGCUGGGGAAAGCUUCCUGGACAUUUGAGUAGGGAAGGGCUGAUUCUUUUCUCGGGAGGGCGUGCAACAGCUCGUGAUCUGGUCAAGAAAAGACUGAAAAAGUUCAAUGAAGUUUUCGAUGAGAUGUUUUCGAAGCAGUCAGGUUGGAUCAUGGUAGAGCGAGAUCUUAGAGAGAAGACGUGUCAGCUUAUAGUGCAGACUGUGGUGCCUGUUUACCGGAGUUACAUGCAGAAUUACGGUCCCUUGGUUGAGCAAGAUGCCAGCUCCAACAAAUAUGCAAAAUACACAGUGCAGAAGCUGGAAGAAAUGCUUUUGUGCCUUUACCGGCCGAAGCCUGCAAGACAUGGUAGCUUGAGAAGUCCGCAACUUAGUGGAAAGUACGGCAAUGCAAUACCCGAUCUUCGUCGUACAGCCUCUGCGGUAGCAUAGAAAGUCUCUUCCUCUCAUCAGAUGGAUGGCUACUGUAUAUAUAAUUUUUCAUUGGAGCUCUGCAGUGCAUAGGAUUGGCUUUGCUUAGAUUCUGAGAAGGAAGUUUCUGAGUAUUUAUAUUCAAAUAUCUGAUGUAUUUUCCAUGAAAAUGAAGUUUUGUAUCUCCUUCAAAAAGGGGUUUCUGUAAAAGAAGUGCAAUUUCUAAGUGUACCAUAGGCUAUGACGAUCCUUUGGUGAAUAAAUGUGGACCUUCCAAUGAGGUUCUUGGGUCAUACUCCUUACUAAGGUAAUUAUUUUUUCCAUCUUCAUCAUUGUCCAUUGAGUUUGUAGCAGGAUCAUUGUUAUAUGCAGAUUUUAUGUACAAUUUUUUUUAGUAUACAUGAAUUUAUAAGCUUAGAUUAAUAGAAUGUUUAGCCAUCUGUGUUGGAAGGGUUGAACUGUUAAUUGUAAAUGCAGAAACCCUUGUGAAUUGCUUGUUUCAUAUAGUAUUUUCUAAGGUUGUCUUUUCCAAAA